GUUGAAUGUGGUUAUGAUGGCGCGAAUACUCAUCACUGGGUCUUCGGACGGCUUGGGGUUGCUAGCAGCACAGACUCUAGUAAAGAGAGGUCAUAAAGUGGUUCUACAUGCACGCAACACGACACGAGCGCGGGAUGCUGAGAAAGCCUGUCCGGGUGCAGAGACAGUGGUGGUUGGAGAUUUAUCAAGCAUCAAGGAAACGAAAAAACUAGCGUCGGAUAUCAAUGCGCUGGGCAGAUUUGACGCGAUCGUUCACAACGCGGGUCUCUACUUCGGCGGGUGCCGGAUGACGUCUGAAGGCUUCCCAGCACUUGUUGCGGUCAACACAUUUGCACCAUACAUACUCACAUGUCUCAUCAACAAACCAAAGAAACUAGUUUACCUCAGUUCCGGUUACCACGCUAGCGGCGAUCCCUCACUGAAGGAUAUCGCCUGGAAGGAACGGGGUGAGAGUGCCUGGAGCGAUUCUCAAGGCUAUGCAAAUAGCAAAAUGCACAAUGUCAUGUUCGCUAAAGCGAUAGCAAGGAAGUGGCGAGACGUCCAGUCGACUAGCAUGGAUCCCGGAUGGCAACCGACGAAGAUGGGAGGCAAAAACGCACCAGGAGAUCUGCAGUCCAGCGUCAGCACCUAUGUGAUGCUUGUGGAGGAAGAUAUCGAAAGUGGAAAGUAUUUCAAACCUGGGAGGAGAGAAGCGGUGCCUAGCAAAUUUUGCGAAGAUAUAGAGGCCCAAGACAAGUUAUUGAGGCUUUGCGAAACGUUUACAGGUGUGAGCCUCCCAAAUUAAAAAUAGUCAUACGAGAUUUGAAGUUUGCAAUGUCCUCGAAAGAACAUGUUUGAAAUC